AUGAAGGCAUUCGGCGUUGAUAAAUACGGUCCAAUUGAGAAUCUUUGCGAAAAGGAGCUACCAAAACCCUCCGACCCGUCUCCUCGAGACUUAUUAGUCCGGAUCAAGGCUGUCUCCGUGAACCCAGUGGACACAAAGGUUCGAAACGGAACUUACGAUGACUAUCCCAAUUACUACGACCACGUCCCUCGGCCAUUCCAGAUUUGCGGCUACGAUGCAGCUGGCGUAGUAGAGCAGACAGGAUGCAAAUGCUCCUUGUUCGAGGUAGGAGACGAAGUCUUCUACUCUGGAAGUCCGAUUCGACAGGGCUCGAAUGCGGAAUACCAGCUCGUGGACGAACGAAGCGUCGGACAUAAACCCAACACACUUGACUUCGCGGAAUCUGCGGCAAUGCCUCUGACGUAUAUUACAGCGUACGAGGCGUUAAUCGAACGACUGGAGAUCACAGGGGGCGAGAAAGCCGCGCUACUGAUUAUCAACGGCGCUGGCGGGGUGGGUGCUGUUGCUAGCCAGAUUGCACGUACUGUCCUCGACUUACCUUAUGUUAUUACCACUGCCUCACGGCCGGAGACGACUGAAUUUACCAAACAAAUGGGAGCAACUCACGUCGUGAAUCAUCGAGAUGAUAUUCCGGCGCAGAUUGCAAAACUCGACCUUGACGUACCACUCAAAUACAUCUUCAUCACGUCCUCGACAGACCAAUACAUGUCUACCUGUGGCAAGCUCUGCGCCCCCUUCGGUAAAGUCUGCUCUAUCGUCCAGGGCCAAGUGAAUAUGUACGGCACCGAUUUCUUGUCCAAGUCGAUGUCUUUCAUCUGGUGUCUGCUCGGGACCAAGCCCUACCACCAUGUUGAUAUCGAAUCUCAUCAUCAUAUACUCGAGGAGCUCGCGCGGCUGAUUGAUUCGGGACAAAUUGAAUGUCAUCUUGGGACGAGGUUGGAGCUGACGUUGGAUCGCUUGAAGGAAGCGCAUAAUAUCAUUCAGUCGGGAAAGGCGAAGGGAAAGGUAGCUUUGGAAUUUUAA